GGGAUCGGUAGCAAGGCGAUCUCUCCUGGGCCCUGUGCCCUCGUCCCUCUCCGGUCUGUGACAGCUCGGUCGGUUUUCAGAGCAAACCUGCUCCUCACCCCACGGCUUUAACUAUAUCUAGCGUGUCCAGUUGUGGUACUUUUGUCAACUUCGGUGUGGAGAUCUGAAAGCUGGGGAUCAGAACUUGGAGAGCCGAGGACAAUCAACCACCAGACAACCUACGAACUUCCAGGAUGUUGAUUAACAGGUCUGUUACCGUGUCCGAAGACGACAUACACCAUGGCGAGCAUAAUCCCUAACAAUCUUUACCGCCUGCGAGAUCGAGGCUCACUAUGCAAGGCCUUCGGCAUCAAAUUCGUCCCGUCUGCAGCCGUUGUGCAGAUCGCACAGCAAUCGGGCUUUGAUGCUCUGUUCAUCGAUCUGGAACACUCGACGCUGUCCAUCCACGAUGCAAGUCAGCUAUGCACGGCGGGGCUGUUGGCAGGAACCACGCCGUUCGUCAGGGUGCCUUAUCAAUGCGGAGAUGGGUUUGUCCAGAGAGUUUUGGACGGCGGGGCCAUGGGAGUGGUCUUUCCGCACGUUAGUACGAAAGAUGAAGCCGUCGCGGCGGCCAUGAUAUCAAAGUACCCACCGCAAGGCAAGCGGUCGAUGACCGGACAACUGCCUCAGUUCAAUAUGGUUCCGCAUGCGGCGUCCACGGUCGUCGGCCCCGCGAACGAUACCGCGUCGACGGUCUUCGUCAUGAUCGAAACGGACGAAGGGCUCGGAAAUGUCGAGGAGAUUGCGUCCGUGCAGGGAGUCGAUGUUUUGCUGGUCGGCUCGAACGACUUGUCCAUUGAACUCGGUGUGCCGGGGGAUUUUGGCAACGAGGGGUUCAAGGGUGCGCUGGAGCGGGUGAGUCGGGCGUGCAGGAGUCACAAAAAGAUCAUGGGCCUCGCGGGGAUUUAUGAUCGGCCGGAAGUGCAGAAAUGGGCGGUCCAUACGCUCGGUGUGGGAUUCAUGCUGGGUCAGCAGGAUGCUGGGUUGAUUACGAAAGGGGCGAGACAUUGCGUUGAAGCGCUUCGAGAAAUUUCUAGUGAGGUUGUGUGAUGGCUGAUGUCGUAAGGGAGUCACGCGGAAGUCAAUGAGAGAAUGAGAAG